UCCGAAAAUUACAGUUUCUUCACUCGACUAAUAUUUCAAUGCCAAAGAUUAGACCUUCUAACAAUAAUUAAUAGGUCAAUCAAAAUCCAACCCUCCAUUCCAUAGCUCAACCGUAAAGGGAAAUCCAUUCUCCUUCCUUCAAAUUCAACGCUCGAUUUUUCUCAUUUGUUAGGAAAUUAAAUAAGACCACCAUCUCUGAAUCUCCUUCUUGUUUGUUGUCGACCCACUUUUUCUCCGUGGAAAUAAUCAUGGACUCGGAUUUCUGGACGAUGCGCCUCGCCGCCGCCAAGAGGCAGUUCAAUAUGCAGAGCAAUCAUCACUCUCAAUUGGAUCGGUUUAACGUCGAAGAUUUUGUCGGUGAGGAAGAGGCCCAGCCCGAUUAUCCUUGCCCGUAUUGUUACGAAGAGUUGGAUAUAGCAUCCCUUUGCUCACAUCUCGAGGCCGAGCACUCGUAUGAAUCCAAAUCCACCGUUUGUCCUGUUUGUUCAGUUAAAGUUACCAGUGACAUGAUAAGUCAUCUCACAUUGCAGCAUGGACACUUGUUCAAGAUGCACCGCCGUGGCCGGUUGCGUAGAGUUCCCUUCCCCAACAGUCAAGCGCUCUCGCUGCUGGGGAGGGAUCUCAGAGAGGCCCAUUUACAGGUGCUUCUAGGAGGCAGUGGGUUUCGAUCGAGUAGUGCAGCUUCGUCUACUGCUGUUACUGAUAAUCUCCUCUCCUCUCUUGUUUUGAACUUCCCUACAAUUGAAAAUGAUGAUAUUUCAAAAUCUUUGAUGUCAAGUUUGGAGGACAAUACUGCCAAAAAUGUGGCACCUCAGCAUAUGUGGAAAUCAAGUUUUCACUCUUCCUUGAGUUGCGAAGAGCGGGAACAGAGAAUGAGACAGGCAGCUGGAAGAGCUGUUUUCGUGCAGGAUCUGCUCACGUCGACUCUAUUAGCUGAUCAGUGAAUGUGGUAAGCUUUCCGGCCAUCCAAAGAGCGUCUUGACCGCUGUGAUAAAGCGUAUUAUAUCUUGGCUAAUACUAUGAUUUUAACAAUCUCGGCUUCUGUUAACUGAAACUGAGCUGUGGUUUCCUGAAAACGUCUCGUAGGUUAAGAUGUGACAUUUUGAUGCUUCAUGUAUAAGCAUAUACGAAAGAAAAAAGGGAUGUGAGGAAAUGGUUUUGAAUAAGUGUAUAUUAAUCUGGGCAAGGAAUGGUUGAGUUCACAGUGUAAUUUGAUUGUAACUUGUAAAAGUUUAGUCCUUGAAAAAAGAACUUGUAACAGAAGCAUAUUCAUAAUGACAAAGGAUUUAUGUUCAUUGGUUUA